AUGCUCAAAGUUACCAGGGACCGCUCAUUUCUGCUCGAUAAACUCCUGGAAAAAGAAAAAGUCGAACACUCGACCUCAGAAUCUGAUCCUACUGAGUCUUCUUCUGAAGAAGAACCGGUGCCUCCUCAGGCAAAAAGGAGAAAACUAAUUAAAAAACCCCCUAAAAAGAAAGCGGAUGGUCACAUGACCCCUGAGGAAGUGGAAAGACAUUUGCAAGCUCAAAGUUUUCUGGAUUUGGUACCGGAAAGGCCUCCUUUGACUGUUCCAACUGAGAUGUUCAGUCAUGAGCCUUCCUCAUUGGACAGUGAAUCUAAUUUGGAAACUUCUCCCCUGCAAGAGGAAAUAAUUAAUAUUUUAUAA